CAAAUCUAACGGUAGCAAUGCAGGUUAGUAUCCAGGAACAAUGUGAUAAAAAAAAAAUACGAGUAUCUGUCGUGUGAGCUAAUUAUUCAUUUUUCCUGUCCCCAGAUGUGAAUUUGGCUGAUGAUGAUUCUGAGGAUAUGACGGUGGCAAUGAAGCUUGUUGCCGUGCCCAAAACAACAGCCGUGACGGCAACGCCAAUCUCGAUGAAAACAUCAAAGAUGCAACGUGAUUAUGACCAAGCAAUCAUACAUGCGUGUCAAUCCAUGGAUGCGACCGAAGAAGAAAGGACCGAAGAUAAAUGGAUCAUUGAAAGAAUACCCUUGGAACCAUUUGCUCUCAUUAGCCGUGAUGAUGACGGAAAUGAAGUGGAAUACGAUGCGUUCAGCCACCAUAAAAACAUCAAAAGCAUGAGCAACCGCACAUUCGACUGCAGACCGAUCAUCCCAUCAAAGCGACAAUUGGACACCAAUGCGAUUGAACCAAGUAUCUGCAACGGCUUGGCAUCUCUGAUCUACAAGUCACCACAUGGACGGCUGCUCGCAAGCCGUGAAUAUUUCGAAUUGGACGAUACUACAGAGCUAUUGCUCAAUAAGGAUUGGCUGCAUGAACCAUAAGUCAAAUUUGACUGUGCUCAGGUACUGGCAGGUACAGUUCUGAUGAACGUCAGCAACGGCGAAGCUAUUCUUGUGAAUACGGUGGAAAUGUAUGGAGGAACAAAAUCAGCCGAUAUCCAUUGCAAACUGCCAUUUUCAUCAAACAUGUCGAUCUUCACAACUAAACCAACGUGCGCCAACAUUUGGCCACACAUUCGAAGUACAGGGGUCGGUUCCAAACUUGUACUGCAUUAAUUACAUCCAUUAUACGUCUGGACCAAAGCGAGGAACCAAAAGUGAGGCCGUCAUCGUGUCAUUUUGCUACGUCACCACAGCAUACGAAAAUAUUCAUCGAUCAGGUCAGUUGGACAAAGGUAAAAAAGAUCGAAUCAAAUGCGUCAACACGAUCUAUCGAUCCGUUCAGUUUGAUUGCCCAGGCGAGGCUGUGAUAUUUAUCUGUUAAUAAGUACUUAUAU